GAAGCUGUUAGUCAAAUGAUUUGCUAUAACCAAAAGUUAUAAUCUCCGAAGAAAUUCGGUUCAAGAAAACGUCUUCAUCAAUAUGUACAGUUAAGCGGAACGGGCUGAAGAAUAAUAAUGAUUAAACAUUAUGAUAAAGAACAGUUAUGUUGCGUCUGUUAAGCCGUUGGAACAUCGGAUUCCUUUUCAGUCGCCAAUACUGUUUUGCAGAGAAGACCAAAAUGAGUAGACUAUUUACAUCGUGUUUAUCUCUGUUUUCUUUAUCUCUGGCCACCGCAGUAGCAGCCGCAACAUUUUAUGGAAACGAUGUAGACACCGGAGUAUCACCAAGCCUCUUCAAUCUCAUCGACAUCCCAUUCCUCGGAAAUCUGUUCCGGAGACAAUGCCCACUAUGCGAUUCAUCCGUUUACAGUUACUGCUCAGAAAAGUUAUUGCAUGAUUCCUGCUGUUGCCGGAAUACCAAUAACCCAUAUGCUGUUGUACCCCACCAAUGUUAUUAUGCAGAUUGCAGUUUCCUCCACGCGAACAGCUGCUCAGAACACAAACUCAUCUCUGCUUGCUGCUGUACGGGCCGAUGACUCUUUGUCAUCUAAAUGACAACUACACGCCCGUUGUAAAUAUGUUGGAUUAUUUAUUAUUUAAUUCUAUUGGAGGUUGAGUGAAAUAAACAUAUAACUACCAGAAAUAGUAUUUAUUCCCACACCAAACACCAAACCUAUAUCAUUACUGUUCCAAUCGCCAAUACACUGAAAACCAGAUUUAUCUGGCGGUUUGAGUUCAAUGUGUACGAAAAUAUAUAGCAAAUAUAAAAAAAUCCCAAAUGCUUAAAAAUUUUGAGAUUUGCCGAAAAUUGUCUAAAAUAAUGUAGAAAUUAAUAUUAUGUAAUUAGGAUAAGUAGCUAGUAGAAGGU